AUGCCCGCCGACCCGAUGGAGAAGAGCUCCUCCUCGCCCGCGGCGGCCACCCCGGCCAGCGCGCUCGCCACCCCGGACAAGCCCCGCACGGCCGCCGAGCAGCGGAAGUCGUCCAAGCCCAUCAUGGAGAAGCGGCGGCGCGCCCGGAUCAACGAGAGCCUGGGGCAGCUGAAGACGCUCAUCCUGGACGCCCUCAAGAAGGACAGCUCCCGACACUCCAAGCUGGAGAAGGCGGACAUUCUGGAAAUGACGGUGAAGCACUUGCGGAACCUGCAGCGGGCCCAGAUGACCGCGGCGCUCAACACGGAUCCCUCCGUCUUGUGCAAGUACCGAGCAGGUUUCAACGAAUGUCUGAACGAGGUGACUCGCUUCCUCUCCUCCUGCGAGGGGGUGAACACGGAGGUCCGCAACCGGCUGCUUGGACACCUGGCCGGCUGCCUGAGCCAGAUGAGCGCCUUGAACUACCCCGCCCCACAGUCUGCAGCGCUGCCCCCGACUCCCGGCGCCCAGCCCGGAGCCUCUUUGGGGCAGCCUCUGGUACAGAUGCCCGCCGGCGCAGCGCCCCCUUCUGGCAGCGUGGCUUCCUGCAAGCUCAGCAGCGCGGCUGGCGAGAGCGCCCAGGUGUGCGGCGGCUUCCAGCUGGUGCCGGCGUCGGACGGGCAGUUCGCCUUCCUCAUCCCCAACGCGGCCUUUGCACCGCACGGCAGCGCGGCCGUCCCCCUCUGCGCCGGCGGGGGUCUGAGCUCAGGCCCUCCCCCUGCCGGCAUCUCGUCGGGAUCGGUUGCCCCGUCGCUCCCGGCAGACUCGCUCUGGAGACCCUGGUGA